AUGGAUUUCCAUGGUUGCAGUUGUAAAAAUGUAACAAUUACAGAAGGAAUAUUUGGAGAAAUCUGGAUCGAUAAUGAUGGAGAUCAAAUGUUCAUUGAUUCUAUACCAAAAAUAGUAAAAUCAUAUACUAUCACAAAUGCUAAUCGAAUGGAAGUUAUUGUUAUUACUUGGGGUGCCACAAUAAUGUCUUUAAAAUGUCCAGAUAAGUAUGGACACUCUGCUGAUGUUGUUCUUGGGUUUGACGAUUUAAAAGGAUACAUGAACCCUUUAACAAAUCCAUUUAUUGGAUGUAUAUUAGGUAGAUGUGCGAAUCGAAUUAAAGAUGGGCAUAUUACUAUUAGAGGCCGGGAAUAUCAAUUGACAAAAAAUGACUUUAAUGGAAAACAUCAUUUACAUGGAGGGGUGAAUGGAUUUGGCCGUAAAGUUUGGGAUUCGUACAUUGCUGGAUGUUCAGUUGUUAUGAGUUAUUUAAGCCCGGAUGGAGAGGAAGGCUAUCCAGGUGCAGUAUUAACUACAAUAAGGUUUAAGUUAACCAUGGAUAAUAAGUUGGAUAUAUGUAUGCGAGCUACAACUUCCAAACCAACAAUAGUAAACUUAUCGCAUGGUUCCAUGUUUAAUUUAGCUGGACAUGAUGCGGGUGAAACGGAAUUAAAGAAGCAUAAAAUAUUAUUUAACUGUGAUCGAUGGACAUUUGCAGAUUACACAGAUCCAAUCCCAACAGGUGCAAUACAUGGAGUAGGUGGUACAGUCAUGGAUUUCAGAAUACCAAGGAUUCUGGGAGAGUACAUGGAAAAGGUACCACCCGGAGAGGGCUAUGACCAUAAUCUUUGUGUUACAAAAAAUGGACAAUCUGGAAGUUUAUUUGUCGCAAAAGCAUGGCAUGCAAAAAGUGGACGUGUCUUAGAAAUUUACUCCGAUCAACGCGGAGCACACUUUUAUACUGGAGGUCGCAUACCUCCUAGUGUUCCAGACUUUUUAUCGAGUUAUGACUCCUUAGAAGAAGACGAAGGGGAAGAAGAAGCAGAAGAAGUAAACAAACACUCAGAUCACGAUGACGAAGAAGAAGAAAUAAAAAUAGAAAAACCAUGGGAAAAAAUAAUUACUAAGCCGAAAAAAUUAGAAUUUAUUUUUGGAAAGCAAGGGGCUUGUUAUAAAAAGUACUGUGGUUUUACUAUUCAGCCACAAAAUUACCCUAAUGCAAUACAUUAUUCACACUUUCCAUGUUGCAUAUUAUACCCAGGUCAAGUAUAUUGUCAUGAUUUAACGUAUAAGUUUGAAGUACAACUUGCAAAUUUUAUGUAG